AAAAAUGUCUGUCACUGUCAUUUCAAAAUGGCGGCGCCUACGCAAUUACGCAUCGGUGUUGAUUUUGUUCUGUAAUAUUUCGUGAAUAUUCCUUACCGUAUCGUCGAGUUGAGCUACUGUUCCUCCGAUAACGUGCAGAAUAUCAUCAUUUUUUAGUGAUUUUCGAGACAGCGACUCUUUUUCGUGGUGUUUUGUGAGACAGUGACUCUUUAUGUGCUACGAUGUCGGAUAAGGAGAACAAACGGAAAUGUUUUAAAUGCGGCUCUUCACCCGCUGAAGACGGCAUUAAAUUGUUCCGAGCUCUUAAGCCUGGCACCAAUAACCUAGUUCGUUGUGAGCAAUGGGCACAGUACAUGUACCCUGGAAGAAAUGUUAGCUCUGUAGAAUUUCUGAAAAAGAUCUACAAUGAGCACAGGAUGCUUUGUUCAAAACAUUUCCAAGAAGAGGAUUUUACGGAUCUGACUCGAAAAUAUUUAUUAAGGACUGCAGUCCCCAGAGACAUUGAGCAACAUGUGCCUAUCUUCGUGGCAAGUCAGCCAGGUACUUCCGGAGUACAUAGCCAGGUACUAACAAACAUCACAAAUCAGCCUGCUCAUGGAACAAUUGAGCAACAGGAGCUGGGUCAACCGGGACCAUCAAGAAGCACAAAUGAGGCUUGCAUUGAAGCAGGGUCCAGAAAACCUAAGACCAAAAAAGAGCAGAUCUUGCAGUCCAAAUGCAUGAAAUAUCUGCAAAAAAUUUGUGUGUUACAAAAACGCGUACAAGCACUAUCAGCUCAAACAAUGCUCAAUGCCAUAGCUGAUGACAAUAAUGUUAAAAAAUUAUCAGCAAAAGUAACUCCUGCUUUUGCACUUUUUUUGCAAGGGCAGAUAAGAAACUGUAACCGUAAAUUGAGAGGAAGAAGAUGGUCGAGAGAGGAGAAAAUUACAGCUCUCAGAAUUUUUAAAAGAUCACCAACCUGUUACCGAUUGUUACGCAGGCUUUUCACAUUGCCUUCACCUGGUACCUUGAAAAACCUCUUAAGUAAAAUACCUUUUACAGUAGGAUGUAACGAAGCAGUUUUUAAAAUCAUGCAAAAAUUUGUGAAAAGCCAAAAAACGACAGACAAUGAAUAUAUUUUGAUGUUUGAUGAGAUGUCGCUAAAGAAACAUCUCAAUUAUGAUUGUAAAAGUGACCUAAUUGAAGGUUUUCAAGACCACGGAAAUCAAGGCCGAUCAGAAAAUAUUGCAGGAUAUGCCUUAGUAUUCAUGGUUGGUGGUAUCAGAAAACGUGUGAAGCAGCCAAUAGCACACUAUUUUUCAAGCAGUUUUGUUACAGCGGACAGACUUGCUAUACUCAUUAAAGAGGUCUUAAAGCGAUGCUUCGAAGCUGGAGUAAAUAUAUCUGCUACAGUGUGCGAUAUGGAUGGAGUUAAUAGGAGGGCUCUAUCCAACCUGGGCGCAACACCAGAAAAUCCAUCCAUAAAAAUAGGAGAUAAAGAAAUUGUAACAUUAUAUGACACGCCACAUCUCCUGAAAUGUUUCAGAAAUUUGUUUAUCAAAUAUGACAUUGAGUAUUCUUCGAAUAUACAUUCAACAGGAAAAACAGGAAGAGGUGUUGCAAAGUGGAGCCAUAUAAGUCAAUUUUUUCAAAUUGACAAUACUAACCCGAACUUUGUAUUUGCACCAUGCUUAAAAAAAGACCAUUUAAACCCUAAUAACAAGCAAAAAAUGAAAGUAAACCUAGCAGCACAAGUUUUGAGCCACUCUGUUGCUGCAGGAAUGUUUGCAAGAAUAUCCACCGGAGAACUUCCUGCUGAGGCAGCAUUAACGGCGGAUUUAGUCAGCAAUAUGGACAAAUUGUUCGACAGUUUGAAUAGCGAGCAAGCUGAUUUAAGAAGGGGAAAGCCUCACGCAACCAAUUUAUCACAAACAAGUCCUCAUAUUGAACAUUUUAAAAAAAUGAAAGUUUUAUUUUCUGAUUUGACUUUUGUUGGCUGCUCUCGAAAGCCACCCUCUCAAGAAGGAUGGAUAUGGACAAUAAAUGGUGUCGAGAUAUUGUGGCAAAAAUUGUCCAACAAUAAAAAAAAAUUGAGCUUGGCAACAAGGAGGUUGCAGCAGGACCCACUUGAAAAUUUAUUUGGUUGCAUCCGAGGAUAUUGUGGGUCUAACACAAACCCUACCACUGGGCAGUUUGUGGCUGGGCUUAAGACAGCUAUAUUAAAUAAUUUGUCGCGUGUUGGCACCACAGGGAACUGUGAAACUGACAACAAUGUUGUAAUUAAUAAUUUUGAAACAAUGUUGUCAGUUUCGAAACCCACACAAGUAAGCACACCGAAUGAAUUUAAUUAUAUUGAAUUGCCACCCAUGGAGGAUGCUUUAAACGAAGAAAGUGGUGAAAUUAAAGCGUGUGCUUACGUGUGUGGGUUUUUAAUUAAACAAUUUCCUGUGACGAGCUGCAGCCUCUGCGAAAGAAUAUUUUUAACAAAAGAUAUUGAAAAUCAUCACUCUUUUGUUGAGUGGCGAGAGUACAGCGAAAAAAAUCGAAAUCUUAAAUAUGUUACAAAAAAUCUUGUUAAUUGUGUGGAGUGCAGUGCUACACUAAUUAAUAUUUUUUUAAACGAAAAGGCUCACAUAAAUGAGAUUAAAAAGAACAUUUAUACAAAUGUGAAAAUGUCAAUUAAUUUUGAUUUUUUGAAUGCCUGCACUUCUCACAAAGAGACAAAUAUUGAUAGUAUAAUAAAUAGCGUUUUCUUUAUUUGUAUGAAAAGAUUCUGUACUCUUAAAAAUAGAGAAUUUUCAGAACAAGCAUCUGCGACAGCUUUACAAAGAAAAAUGAAUAUAAUAUUGCAUAAGUAAUGCCUAAUUUACACCGGAGCAACAACGUGCGACAUUGCCACAUGCCACAUCGUCGGUGCGCCUACAAAAAUGAGUAUGUGUACGAACGACGAAAAUUGAAAUCGAGUUUUAUGUGUAAACAUUAAAGACGUGGCAUGCGGUAAUAUCGCACGUUGUUGCUCCGGUGUAAAUGAAGCAUAAUGCUGCUUGUUCUGGAAUGAUUUGAUUAAGGAGGCUUUUUCUUUGUGUUGGUCGUAGUGGUCCUAACAGCCAGUACGACCUGGGGCUUAUUUCUCGAAACUUACAAGUCACAAGUUACAAAUGUGUAACCAUACUAACCCUUAAAUUUCACAAUUACCAUGCGUGACCAUGGUUACACACCUAUAAUUACAAGACUUGGAGGUUUCGUGAAACAAACCACUGGAUUUAUUAUCUAUCUUGACAUUUAGUUAGCAAUCUUCUGUCCACUACGAACCAUAUUGUAUAGAAUAAAAUAAGGAAGUAAAUCUAAAGGAUUGGGACUGCCGCAACUUUUGCGUAGGAACUAUUUGGUAUUAAUAAAAACUAUAUAAAAAUAAAUGUUUGGCCCAUGUUUCGUGAGAAAAGUUGUUCAGUUUCAUGAAUGAAAUCCAAUCCUUCAGUGUAGGUUCUACACCGCAUUUCUGUUAAUUCAUGCAACAGAAUCUUUUCAUAAGAAGAAAAAUGUGAUAUUUGCACCAUUGCUCCUAAUUUACGAAAAUUCUAUUGUUACAAAAUAUAUAGUUUUCAUUUAAUUCAUUAUCAUCGACACUAAAGAAGAAGAAUAAAUACAUACAUUUAUACUUUUCUCAGUA